AUGUCUCAAUCAUCUAACUCCAUGAAAUGCCUUGCAAUUAUAUUUUCUCGACAUGUACAACCUUCACGUUUUGCAUUGAAUAUCUUAGAUUUGUUUAUUUCGUUUAAACAUAUCAACAUCAUGAAUCAAAGAAAUUCAUGGCUUUGCCAAGCUAUCCAAAACUGUUAUCUUCUUGGUCAUGUAGAACCAUAUCUGUUGUUGAUUGGUGGAUCAACUGUACAUUUACAAACUAUAAAAUUAUCUUGGAAUAGAGGUCAAUUGAAAUCUCCUUUCGGUUUCUCAAUCAGUUCAGUCUCGGACGUUGGUACCUGGUUUUUAGAAUCUUCACAGUUUAAUGCUAUGCGUUUGGAGGAAGUUAUUUGUCAGUUAAUCUGGCAAAUUACUCAAUCAGAGCCGAGCUGUUCAUUGGAACGUUUAAUUAAGUCACUUGAUAGUGUAUAUUAUGGUAGACGACUUCGGAAACCGGCUUUAGGAGAAAUACACACUUCUCUGUCAGCACUAACUCAAGCUGGUGCAAUUUACUUCAGUGGUCGGGGCUAUAACCUUCUAACACCGGAGAAGUUGGCAGUUGCAAAAUGGCUCGAAAGCGUACCCGAAGUAUGUCCAGACGCUGCUGACAGUACCUUGGAUACUCCAUAUGUGAAAAAAGCGCCACUGGCGGAAACAGAAAUACUUGGAUCGAAUGCUGCAUCAUCUAACCAGCGUUCAAAUAUCAUUCGAGAUAACCAUCAAUUUCAGGCCAAUAAUAGGCAUAAAUUGGAGAAUACUGAGAAACGUACAAGUUCCAGUGCCUUAAUACCAGUUGCUGAAAAUUUUGAUCAGAAUAACUUCUCUCAGUCUUUUACCACUCAUUCGUUGAGUCCAUAUCAACAUCAAAAUAACUAUGUAAAUCAGUAUCAUCGAAUUGCAUCUGUUUCACCUCUGACUAAUUGUGUAAAAUCUAAUUCUAAUUCUCAGUUCUCCUUUAAUCAUAAAACAUUUGGAAUCAACAGUGACACUAUGCACAGAUUUAACAAUUCUCCAAGAGAUAUUUAUACCAGCAAAACAAAUACAGUUGACGUAACUGGCUUUUCUCAACCGCAUAGACCUGAACCUGAAUUAGAAUUUCUUCACACUAUUAAUCAUUCUGAAAAUUUGUCAACAAAGUUCUCAAAAUUUAUCAAAUCCCCUUUAUUCAAAAAGUCUCAGUCUCCCAGCAUUUUCAAAUGGCUUCUGGAUCGUUUCCAUCAAAUCCGACUUUUUACACGUCAUAAUCAUACUUCUGUCAGCAGUGACAAAGUUGUACAAUCUUAUGGAGAUAUAAAAUUCACAGGACCAACGAACCAGCAGCGUCCCUGUGACAACAAAGUGCCUGUGGACUGCCAAACAUACAGCCAAGAAGUAUCUCCCAGCAACCUACGUAGAUGCUUUAGUUUGUCAGACGGAGGAAAAGCUAGCAAACCUAAUCAGACUGUAAAACACUGUAGUCAGGGUAUGGAAUCACAAAGCUUCACAGGAAUUGGGAAGGAAUGCGAUACCAGGGGUUAUGUAAGGCAGUCAAGUUAUUCAAGCAAAGACUUACAUUGUAUCUCUCAAAGAGACUUAUGUGGAAGCCCUGACUAUUAUUCAACUGCAAGUCCACUUUCGAUUUCAAGAAACUACUUUUCAAGUCAAAAUCAUCUAGGCAGUAAGUCAGUGGCACGUCUACUGACUUCAUCUCCUGCCUUGGUAAACAACUCGAAAGUUUCUUUACAAGCUAGUGCUACAACUUCUGUGAAAGGCAAUGAUUUUGCAAAAGAAAGGCAGCAGCCACAUUAUGUAUUUGGUAACAUCGCACAGUCAUGCUUUUUAAUACCUUCAAGCGGUCAACAAAACGACAGUAUUCUUACAUCUGAUUGUUCGCAUAAGAGACCACCCAGUUCGUCAACGCUUUGGUGGUACACAGGAUCGAACAGACCAACGCCCUUUUCAAAAGUGCCGACAUCACUCUUUUUUAAUCCUACUGUUAGAGUAUCUUCUUACUGA